AUGGAGGACCUCCCCAAGGCCCUGGAGGUCGACGAGAAGUCUCCAGAAUCCAAGGACCUGCUGCCCAGCCAGACCGCCAGCUCCCUGUACAUCAGCUCCAGGAGUGAGUCUGUCUGGACGACCGCCCCCAGGAGUAACUGGGAAAUCUACCGCAAGCCCAUCGUCAUCAUGUCCGUGGGCGGCGCCAUCCUCCUCUUCGGUGUGGUCAUCACCUGCUUGGCCUACACCCUGAAACUGAGUGACAAGAACCUCAACGUCCUUAAGAUGAUAGGGCCUGCCUUCCUGUCCCUGGGACUCAUGAUGCUGGUGUGCGGGCUGGUGUGGGUGCCCAUUAUCAAGAAGAAGCAGAAGCAGAGACAGAAGUCAGUUUUCUUCCAGAACCUCAAGUCCUUCUUCCUGAAUCGCUGAUGGCGGUCUCGCCCACUGUCCUCCCCAUCACCCUGCCACCUCGACCAGGAGAAGGUAUGAUGACCA